GGCCCCGCGCUCGGCACGGCCCGGCCCGGCCGGACAUGGGGGAAGGGGAGGCGGAUUCGCCACCGGCGGCGGAGAAGAAAGGGGCGGAGGAGGAGGAAGAUGAUUUCGGCUACCGGCUCUUCCCGGACCGGAAUAAGAAACCGCAGAGCUUCCUGGUCCGCAGCCUCUUCACCUUCCACAACAAAUGCCAGCUGAUGCUGAGGCUGACCCUGGAAACGAAUCCAUAUGCUCGACUUCUCCUUGAGGCUCUGAAGCAAUCUGGUUGCACUGUCUACAAUGACCGUCACUUUUCUUGUGAAGACUGUGAUGGCUGUGUCAGUGGAGGUUUUGAUGCUGCUACAUCUCAGAUUGUUCUGUGUCAGAACAACAUUCGCCAGCAAUCCCAUAUGAACCGGGUGGUCACGCAUGAAUUGAUUCAUGCGUUUGAUCACUGCCGCGCGCAUGUUGACUGGUUUAAAAAUGUCAAGCACUUGGCAUGUUCAGAGAUUCGAGCUGCUAAUCUCAGUGGAGACUGUACUUUGAUGAAUGAAAUAGCCAGGUUUAAAUUUGGAUUGAAAGGGCACCAUCAGACUUGUGUACGAGACAGAGCAAUCCGUUCCAUUCUGGCUGUUAGAAAAGUUAGCAAAGAAACAGCGGAAAAAGCUGUGGAUGAAGUUUUUGAUGCCUGCUUCAAUGAUCUGGAACCUUUUGGAAGAAUCCCACACAGCAAAGCAGAUGCCAGACGUGCUUACAGAGACUUUCAGAACAGAGAUCGCUAUACUGCUAAUUUGUAAGGGGGGAGCGGGAAUCACGUGAGAAGUUACAUUAAUACCUGAUUGUUCAGUAACAUCUGGAGUUACAGUCUAUGCCCACAGUACUGAUGGAAAGGGCAAAUCUAUCAAAUGUAUGAAUUAAUUUUUAGGCAAUUUUUAUGAGCCAACUUCCAUGGAGGUAAAUGUAAACAAUGUACAAGUAAACAAGACUACAAACUGUUUCAUCACCUGUUACUCCAGAAAAAUUAGCUAGUAUGCCAAAUGACUGUCAAAUACAAUCCAAUGUGCUUUUAAUUUUUUGCCUCUGAUUGACCUGGACUUGGUUUCUGAAAAUUUUGUUGUCAUUGAAUAAAUCUUUUCAUAAAAUCUUUACAUUUUCACUAUCUUUGAAUACACAGUCAUGAUGGGCACCUGAACUACAGCUCUAUGCUCUAGAUUUUAUAACUAUGGCUAAACCCACAUUUGCUUUUGAGCACCUCCUGAAAUUCUUGGGUGGUCUAACAUCUCCAGUGGUGGGAAGGCUUUUGUGACUUGAGCAGUAAUUCAGGGCUUAAAAGACUCAUGUCCUGAUUGUCUCUGGUAGUGGAGGAGGUAUGAUGAUCAGUAUUGCUUUCUCCUGUUCUGUAUCCCAAUGUGUUUUGAGACAGGACUGUCCAUGUAUGAAGCUUUUUCAGGCAGUACAUAACUGCGAUUUGGCUGUGGUGGGGCAGCAGACUCUGGUGAGACUUGAACUGGAGUGAGGCACUGAACUGCUCAGGUAGGGGAAAUGUCAGCCCAUGCACCAAUUGCGAGUGCCUGACAUGCUACAGCUGAAAGGGGGAGGUACUCUCAGGUACCUCCAGAAUUUGGCAACCUUUGACAGGGCCUUUGUUUGCAGACUUGGGCUCCUGCAAUCUACAUAUUUCACAUACCUGCAAUGCUUUCAAUCUGACCAUCAUUCUGUAAUUUCCUCCUUGGAAGUACUCCGUCAUGUGACAAGUCUCCAGCCCAGUGGUCCUGCUUCUAAGAUGUCACUCAGGAGCAAGAUGCCUGAGGAUGACAACAGUUGCCUUUUCCUGAUCAGCAGCAAACAUUGAGAAGAUUCAAACCUAAGCACAAAGGACAAAACAGUAUACAUACAAAGUGCCUGAGAGAGCUGAUCAAGCCUGAAUUGCCUGAGUUCUGUUUGUGUUGGAUUAUGUGUGUGUUGCAUUUAUUUCCAGGUGUAGCAUAAUUCAUGUUUACAGGAACCAUUGCUUCUGGGGCUAAGCAUUAAUGUAGAUCCCUCAGAAAAUCAUCCCCAUUGUACUGGAGGAAGUUAGGAAUUGAUUAAGAUUAUUCAAACCUGUGCUUUCAGUAGUUUUACAGAAUUUCAAAUGGAGAUUUCAUAAUCUUAAUUUCCUGGGGUAAUUCAUCAGUGACUGACAUAAUCUCAUGGCUGAAUAUCUGAAGAGAAAAAAUGGGUAUAACCUAGAUAUCUAUGGAGAAAAUUACACAUGGAAUUUUAGGCUUCCUAUAUUCCCUGUAGUCUGUAUAGACCUGCAGAUUCCAAAUUCUGAGGAUCAGAGAUGCCUUGAAAUCAGCAUAAUAGUAUAUGUUAAUAUUCCCUUAACCUUUACUGCUCUUCAAAUCAUCAUUUAAGUCAGUAUGCUGUAUGAUGCUGGGUUUUUUAUACUUCUGACAUAUAUUCUGGCAAAUAAUCCCUUCCCUUCAUUAUGCCUUAUUACCCAAAGUACUGCUUUAAUGAAUGUGUGUGUGUUUGCAUUUAUAUUGUAUUUUGACCAAUACAUAGUCUGACUAUAUACAUUGUUUUCUAUCUGGGAUAAGCUUUAUCAAGUCUACUUAGAAAUGAAAAAUAUAGCAAUAAAACCUAGAAAAUGCAA